UCCCGCCCCCGGCGCCUCAGUCCUCCCGGGCGGCUCGGCUCGGCGGCGCGCCAUGGCCCGGAGCCUCGGCGGCCUCUGGCUGCUCCUGGUGCAUCACCUCCUCAUGGCCACGGCCUGCCAGGAUGCCAACUCUGGCGCUCUCCUCCAGGAGCUCUGCCUCACCCAGUUCCAGGUGGACAUGGAGGCCAUCGGGAAGACGCUGUGGUGCGACUGGGGCGAGGACCGUCAAGAGCUACAAAGUGCUCACUGACUGCACCAGGCACGUGGCGGACCAGCUGGGCUGCUUCUGGCCGAAUGCGGCCGUGGACAAGUUCUUUGUGGCCGUCCACCGACACUACUUCAGGAACUGCCCCGUCUCCGGCCGGGCUGUGCGGGACCCGCCCCGAAGCAUCCUCUGCCCCUUCAUCGCGGUGCCCAUCCUGGUGACCCUGCUUGUGACGGCGCUGGUGGUCUGGAGGAGCAAGCGCCCAGAGGGCGUCGUGAAGAGCUAACAGGAUUUCGGAAUGGCCGUGGCGCAGGCGUUAACCUGAAAGCCCCCUGGCUGGAGUUCGAAGCGACCCAGGUGGGGACCCCAGAUGCUAGGAGGGAGGGGGAGCCUAAUUGUCAUGAUUUCCGGGGAGGGUUCCGACCUCUGUCUCCUGACGUUCCAUCCUCCCGCCGAACUGGGGAUAAGUGGCUUGUGAUUCAAAGGAUGUCCUCAAGGGGGCGCCCGGGUGCUCAGUCCGACUUCAGGUCAUGAUCUAACGGUUCCUGAGUUCGAGCCCCGCGUCGGGCUCUGUGCUGACAGCUCGGAGCCUGGAGCCUGCUUCGGAUUCUGUGUCUCCCGCUCUCUGACCCUGCCCCACU